CGCACUGAGCAGUCGACAAAAAAUAGUGGCUCUUCGGUGCUUCCCAUUUUCACAUGAAAAUGAAAAUACGUAUGAUUUUGUUUUUUAAGCUAUUGGUCGGAUGUGUUAUCGAACUGAGAUGCUCUUCUAGCGUGUCUCUAUUAUUAUUGUGUAUAGAUACAUCAACAUUAUACGUAAAACCUAAAAUUCAGGCUGGGGUAUGGUAGGUCGCACUGAUGAGUGCUGACUGAGCCCAUCAGCUGCACAGCUGACUGCCAUGACCAUGACGACGUCUGAUAAGGGAGAUUCCACAUGAUUGUACUUCCCUACCCCUUACCCUGUAGCCGUGCCGCGUCCGACUUUAUCAUCGAGUUUUCAUCUACAUGAUUCUGUGGUCAUUGGAGAAUUCGAUCUGUGAACGUGAGAAGCGCAUCUAUGUAAUGUCUGUAUUCGUGUUGCUAGCUCCGAUUCGUUUUGUUGACAUCGUUCGUCAUCGUUUCUGUUUUUCUGUGUUUUUCUGUUCAGCUCCGAAAUGACUUUGGCGUAGUUAAAAAGCAAAUUUCUAAAAACAUAUAGUUGCUCAACAGCAAAACAGAAAAACGGAAACGACGACGAACGAUGUCGACAAAACGAACUGGAGCAAGGCAUAUGAAUACAAACAUUACAUAGAUGCGCUUCUCACGUUCACAGAUCGAAUUCUCCAAUGACCACAGAAUCAUGUAGAUGAAAACUCGAUGACAAAGUUGGACGCGGUACGGCUACAGGUGUAGUGAAUAGUAAAAUAAAAAUUUGCAUGAUGUCAAAUGAACAAACAAGGCCUUACAAAGUUUCCAAAGACAGUGUGAAAAAAGCAAUGGAACUGUUUAAUAAUGUAAAGAAAACUACAAAGCGAAAAAAGUCUCCAGAAAAUGAAGAUGAUUCUAACAAACACUCACAAUUCUGCAAUCCAAUAAUUGGUAGCAGCAAGAAAAACUUAACAGCUUUAGCUUUUUCACCAAGUUUUGCACUUCGGGAAAUGCGCUUAUGUCUAAUGAAACACGAUUGGGUCAAUUUGCAGCGACUAUUUCCUUUAUUGUUAGAACUUUCUAGUGACAAAGAGACACUUGUGUGGAGGUAUGCUUUAACUAUUUUACUACACAGUCCAAUGAGCAGUGGAGCUCAUGUAGAAAAUUUCCUGAACUCGUGUGUUGGUUGUCAAAAUGAUAAUUUAAACUACGUACUAGAUCAAUUAAUUACAUUAAGAGUUAGCAAACAGAAAAACAGUUGAUAAUUUACACAACACUUUUAAAUAGAUGUAAAUAAAAGAAAUCUAGCAUAUUAUCAACUGAAUCACUUAUCUGCAAAGAAACAGUUGUUUAUCCAUUAUGCUUAAAUAUAUUUGCGUGAUUGAUAUGGAAUAAGUAUAAUAAUAAUACCGUAGACUGAUGUUUUAUAGAAUAUUGGCAUAGUCAAUAAUCCAGCUUCUGCCUAUUUGUUGAUUUUACUUGUAAAUAAAUCACAAAAUUUACAAAAAACAAAAUGUACCCAUUACUGCAAUGCUUAUAUUUCUCACUGCAAAUUCAAAAUAUACGUAGAAUAUUUUUUCACAAUUUAAAAGAAUUUUUCAAAGUUUGAGACUGCACAUACAUUAUAUUGCAUGAUUUUUUUCAAAUAUAGGGAAAAAUAUAAAUCAUAAUUAUUAAUUUGAUUUGAUGCAGAUGAAUGAAUGUUUACCCCUAACAAUAUCUUCAGGUUGCAUUCUGGUUUUAGGAUAUUCAAGAAUUGCCCGACACAAAGAUCGUUUUCAUGUUUUUUUUCCAUUAUAUUGUAUUCAUUGACAUUCAGUGUACAUAUCACAGUUAAGUUCACACUUUAUAAUAAAAAUGUGCAAUAAAUUACUUGUAUAUAACACGUUUCAUAUUAAAAUUAAGAAAAUGUAUUAUAAAAUAUCUACAUUGACUAAGAAAUCGUUGUACAAAUUUUUCUUGACUGAUUAUUGUUAAUAAAUAUGUUUAUUCUGGUAAAA